GGGGGGAAGAUGGCGGCCGCUAAAGCGAGUCGGAGAGGUGGCUGAGCUUACUGUAUUUUUGCAAAAUAGAAGACAGAUUCCUGAUUAACAAUGCCUCGCAAAAUCACUUUGCAGCUGGUUUUCCUAUCAGUCGAUUAACCUUCCUGUGCAGCAUUGUUUGCUAUUGAUUUCUCAAUCAUGGGACGAAAGGGAGUGUGCUGUUGCUGUGCUGCUUUGAGACCUCGCUACAAGCGUCUGGUAGAUAACAUAUUUCCUGAAGAUCCAAAAGAUGGUCUUGUUAAGGCUGAUAUGGAGAAGCUGACUUUCUAUGCGGUUUCUGCACCAGAAAAGCUCGAUCGAAUUGGUGCUUACCUAGCAGAGAGACUGAGCAGAGAUGUUGUCAGACAUCGCUAUGGGUAUGUUUUAAUUGCCAUGGAGGCAUUGGACCAACUUCUAAUGGCUUGCCAUUCUCAAAGCAUAAAACCGUUUGUGGAAAGUUUCCUUCAUAUGGUGGCCAAGCUUCUGGAAUCAGGCGAACCAAAGCUGCAAGUUCUUGGAACUAAUUCUUUUGUCAAAUUUGCCAACAUUGAGGAAGACACACCUUCAUAUCACAGACGCUAUGACUUCUUUGUGUCUCGAUUCAGUGCCAUGUGUCAUUCAUGUGACCACGAUGCAGAAAUACAAACCGAGAUCCGAAUUGCUGGAAUCAGGGGCAUUCAGGGAGUGGUUCGAAAAACAGUUAAUGAUGAACUUCGAGCAACUAUAUGGGAACCUCAGCACAUGGACAAGAUAGUACCAUCAUUGCUGUUUAAUAUGCAGAAAAUAGAAGAUAUUGACAGCAGAAUAGGCCCUCCAUCCUCUCCUACAGGAGGAGAGAAAGAGGAAAAUCCUGCUCUGCUGGCUGAGAAUUGUUUCAGGGAACUACUAGGACGAGCAACCUAUGGAAAUAUGAAUAAUGCUGUCAGACCAGUUUUCGCGCAUUUAGACCAUCAUAGACUAUGGGAUCCCAAUGAAUUUGCUGUUUCCUGCUUCAAAAUCAUCAUGUAUUCUAUACAGGCACAAUAUUCCCAUCAUGUAAUACAAGAAAUUCUUGGACACCUUGAUGUUCGCAAAAGAGACUCACCACGAGUUCGUGCUGGUAUUAUUCAGGUUCUUUUGGAAGCAGUUGCAAUCGCAGCUAAAGGAUCAAUAGGUCCAACAGUUCUGGAGGUUUUUAAUACCUUGUUGAAGCACUUGCGCAUCAGUGUUGACUUUGAGCUGGGUGAUAGGCGCAGUUCAGCAGGAAGUGCCACUAUCAGCACAAGCUCCAAGGAGAGUGAUGAGAGGAUUGUCCAGAAUGCUAUUAUUCAAACAAUUGGAUUUUUUGGAAGCAAUCUCCCAGAUUACCAGAGAUCAGAGAUUAUGAUGUUCAUUAUGGGAAAAGUACCUGUUUUGGGGACAAAUUCACAAUCACUGGAUACCAGUCACCUUGGAGAUUUGGGAACUAGGAGGAUUCAAAUCAUGUUAUUGAGAUCUUUACUUAUGGUGACUUCAGGAUACAAAGCAACAACGAUAACUAAUGCACUUCCUCCCCCGUUUCUGGACCCGUUAUUGUCUCCUUCGCUCAUGGAAGACUCUGAGCUAAGGCAGCUGGUCUUGGAAAUACUGCAUAAUCUCAUUGAUCGGCAUGACAACAGAGCAAAGCUCAGAGGGAUACGAAUAAUACCAGAUGUUUCUGAUCUAAAGAUAAAACGAGACAAAAUUUCAAGGCAAGAUGUGAGCUUCAUGAAAAAGCACGGUCAGCAGUUGUACAGACACAUCUACUUAGGCUGUAAAGAAGAAGACAAUGUCCAAAAAAACUUUGAACUACUGUUUACAUCUCUAGCUCUUACCACAAUUGAACUAGCCAAUGAAGAAGUGGUUAUUGACCUCAUUCGAUUAGCUAUUGCUUUGCAGGACAUUGCCAUCAUCAAUGAGGAUAAUCUGCCAAUGUUUAAUCGUUGUGGUGUCAUGGCAUUGGUUGCAGCAUAUCUAAACUUUCUCAGUCAGAUGAUUGCAGUUCCUGCCUUUUGUCAGCAUGUCAGCAAGGUCAUCGAAACUAGAAGUCUGGAAGCAUCUUAUUUUCUACCAGAAACAAUUUUCAAAGACAAAUGCAAUCUUCCAAAAUCCUUAGAGAAGCAUGAAAAAAAUUUAUUUUUCCUGACGAACAAGAUUGCAGAAUCAUUAGGAGGCAGUGGAUACAGCGUGGAAAGAUUGUCAGUUCCGUAUGUACCCCAGGUAACAGAUGAGGACAGACUCUCCAGGAGGAAGAGCAUUGUGGACACAGUAUCUAUUCAGGUGGAUAUUCUGCCUGGCAACAACACAGAGGAUAAGGUUGAUAAUACUGAAGAAAUCACCUUUGAAGCUUUGAAGAAAGCAAUUGAUAACAAUGGGCUUGAAGAACAGGAAAAAGAAAAAAGGCGUCUUGUGAUUGAAAAGUUCCAAAAAGCACCAUUUGAAGAAAUUGCAGCACAAUGUGAAACCAAAGCAAACUUGCUUCAUGAUAGACUUGCACAGAUACUGGAACUCACCAUUCGUCCUCCACCUAGCCCCUCAGGAACGAUGACCAUUACUGCUGGACAUGCUCAUUACCAGUCUGUUCCAGUCUAUGAGAUGAAGUUUCCAGAUCUUUGUGUGUAUUAAGUGUCUUCUGAAGUCUGCUGGACAUUAUUUAGAGUAGAGUACAGUAGAAAGAACAAGAUGAGUUUUCAAAUUUUAUUGUUUAUUUCAUCUAAGCUAACUUUAAAGUAAAGAUGGACAUGAGCCAAAUACAGAUUACUCUAGCCAAACUCAUGAGACUGUCUUCAGUUGUUUUCUUCUGUAAUAUAUCUGAAGUUAGGUUUUCCAUAUAUCAUGUUUUUUAUUUUCAUAUUUGAGUACAUGUAAAAGUCAGAUUUAAAACUUGUCUUGCCAUGUAGGUGAAUAUUUCUGUUACUCUAGGAAUUUGUAUUUCUGUAAAUUCCUCUAAUUUGAGGCAAUAUAA